AGAAUUUUAUUCUAUGACUGUCUGCACACAAAAUAACCUCAAAUUGAAGUAAAUUACGCUAAAGUGUGAUAUCCUAUUAGAUUUUAUUAAUCUAUUAAAAAAAAAUGCAGUCUGUAAGAUUUUGUCUACACCAAUGUGCCAAAAGAAGCACUUCUCUCAGUUCAACAUCUCUCAGAGUAUUAGGACAAAAUUACUCCACAGCACCAUCAAGCACAGCUGCAUCACCCGCUAUUGAAAAUUUAACCAUACCUCCCCCAUCAAAUGUAGAUAAGCCUGUGUCUGAAAAAAUUGAAAGAUUAUUCAAUGAUAUUUCAAAAUUGAACCUUCUAGAGGUAAGCGAGCUGAGUGACCUUCUCAAGCAACGCUUGAACCUCUCAGAUAUAAGUGCAGUACAGGUAGCAGGUCCUGCAGCAGCCCCCGCUGAGGAUGAUGAUGCUGUACCCUUAAAAGCAAAAUCCAGUUUUACAGUUAAACUAAUGAAAUUUGAAGAAAAACAAAAGGUAGCUCUUAUUAAGGAAAUGAAAGGAAUUAUGGAAGGUAUGAACUUGGUACAGGCUAAAAAGUUUGUUGAGUCUGCACCAGCAGUUGUUAAGGCUGACAUUUCUAAAGAUGAAGCUGAUAAAUUGAAAGAAGCGAUAGAAAAAGUUGGUGGUGUUGUUCAAAUAGACUAAGCUUUUGUAUAAGAUUUAUGUAGGAAAUAUAAGACUUGAAUAAA